CAUUGUGCCAAUCUUUCUGUUCUUCUUCAAACGUGACGGGUAUCUGUAAAGAGAAAUUACAGUAUUGUUUGGAUUGAAGAAUACUGUAAUAUCUCUAAUACCAAGCAGAUCUUGGGUUUUCUACUGUUGAAGACAGUGAUUUGCGAGCCUCCACGCCUUAAAGGAUGGACUCUAGAUGUGUACAUCAAGACAGUUUUGGAUAGUCCAGUGUUCUCUACGAUUCCCGUUUGAAACAGAUUAUUCUCCAAACACAACAAUAGUAGUGGCUGAAAAUGUGUUUGGAGAAGGAAAGAAAAGUUAUAUACAAUAUGGAUCCAGAAGGAAGAGUUCAGACGAGGAAAAUGGUUCGGAGGAAGAUAGUGGAUCUGAUGAGAACGAUUUGUGCACCUUUAGCCCAGAAACUGAAAAUACUGAUGAAGAGAAGAGGGAAAAAUGGGCAGAAGGCUGUUACUUAAAUCACACUGAUGAAGAGAAGAGGGAAAAAUUGGCAGAAGGCUGUUACUUAAAUCACACUGAUGAAGAGAAGAGGGAAAAAUGGGCAGAAGGCUGUUACUUAAAUCACGCUGAUGAAGAGAAGAGGGAAGAAUUGGCAGAAGGCUGUUACUUAAAUCACGCUGAUGAAGAGAAGAGGGAAGAAUUGGCAGAAGGCUGUUACUUAAAUCACGAUGCUGAAUUGUAUAAUGAAGUAAGGGAAGAAAUCCAUAUUGAAAAAAAGCGGCCUGAAUUGGAAGAAGAUGUUGAAUAUCUUCUAUCAAUACUAGAAGAUGACAGUGAAGAAGACAGUGCUGAAGACAGCAGAAAUGAAGUUGAACCCAACCCUGAGAUUUUGUUGCAAGACAUGUUUAAACAGAACAUUUGCAAUGAUAACAAUCCUCCUGCCUCUGCUGACAAAGGACUUGCAGAGUGUUCAGCUGCAAACACUCACCAAGGCGUAAAUGGUGUAAUAGAUCUGACAAGUGAGAUGCCUGAGGAAAUUCCAAAUUAUGAGAUCAUCGAGUUGGAUAGUGAUUCGGACGAGCACACAAUGACAGAAAUGACUACUAUUGUGGAAGAGGUGGUGACAGUUAAAAGGGGUAUAAAUACAGAGACGGAAGUAGACGAUUCUAAAAUGGACCAACACUGUCAAUACCAUGAACAGACUGCGGCGAGGGUGGAAGAGGUGGUGACAGUUAAAAGGGGUAUAAAUACAGAGACGGAAGUAGACGAUUCUAAAAUGGACCAACACUGUCAAUACCAUGAACAGACUGCGGCGAGGGUGGAAGAGGUGGUGACAGUUAAAAGGGGUAUAAAUACAGAGACGGAAGUAGACGAUUCUAAAAUGGACCAACACUGUCAAUACCAUGAACAGACUGCGGCGAGGGUGGAAGAGGUGGUGACAGUUAAAAGGGGUAUAAAUACAGAGACGGAAGUAGACGAUUCUAAAAUGGACCAACACUGUCAAUACCAUGAACAGACUGCGGCGAGGAUAGAGGCAGAGCUUGAGGAAAUUAGAGAUGAAUCUGCACCAUCGAGCAAUUACGCAGAAAAUCAGAUUGUUUCAGUAAAUGAGCUAGGAACAAGGAAGUUAGUUAGAGAAGAAGUAAAAAAUGAAUUGGACAAAAGGGAUGCAGAUAAUAAAAUUACCCUUAAAAUAAUCCAACAAAAUCUUGAGAUCAUCAGCAAACAAAUGGCUAUGAAAAUUGUCAGUGUAAAAAAGAGAAAACGCUCCCAUAAACAUGGAAAAAGAAAACGAAAGAAGAAAUCAAAGAACACACCCAGGAUUAAAAAUCACUCCAGAUCUAGGUCAAACUCUUCUGAAAGAUCUCGUCCUAUCCAUACUCAUCACAAGAGGUCAAGAUCUAGCAGCUCAGAUUCACGGAGGCAUUCACACAAAUACGCGAAAAAACAAUACCUAUGUCAUCACAGGUCACGUUCAAGGUCCCACCAAGGUCGGCACAGAUCUCGCUCAAGGUCAUCUCGAGGUAGUCUUAGAUCUUGCUCAAGUUCCCAUCUCAGCUUUCACAGAUCACGUUCAAGAUCUCUAAAUAAAGAAAAAUUCACUUCAAGAAAUUCAGAAACAUCUCCAGGUUCUCCUAAACCUACAGUUCGUCCAGACAGAUCUCCAAUUUAUCCUAAACCUACAGUUCAUCCAGACAAAUCUUCAGUUUCUCCAUCUCGAUCACCUAUUCCUUACAAAUAUUACUCUCCCCAAACCAAAUACCAAAGAACAAAUGUACAGCAUGACAAGGCUGUUGAAUAUUAUAGGCAUAAUUUACCUUCAAGCUCAGGAGUGAAGAAGAGAACUUAUUCAUCAUCUUCAUCUACCUCAUCGUCAUCAUCAUCUUCACUACCUUACCAGUACUCAAAACGGAGACGUCAACGUCGUUCCAGCUCUUCAAGUUCAUCCUGGUCACCAGAGAGAACACAGCAUCGUGACAUCUCUCCAAAACCAUUAAUCGAUGACUUCUCAAGAGAUCUAAUACUUAAAAGUGACCCCAUCCCCUCAUCGUUAAGUUCUUCCACUUAUGUAACACAACGUACUUACCAUCAACAUGUAAGACAAGGCUCAGAUGUUUACACCAGGAAGUCGAUUGUUACAACAUCAUUUAAACGUGAGCUGAAGUCUUUUUCAAAUUCAGCCAGAAAUUACAGGAAAGUCUCUAAAUCGUCAUAUAGCAGUGACAGUGACAACCCAUUGGACAGAAUUCCGCUGCGUGUGUACGACAAUAAAGAAAAUGAUGUCACUAAAAAUCAACCUUCAGGGGAUCUUAACCAUCCAUUUUACAUCCAUCCCCAAGAUGCGGAACUGUACAGGAUCAGAAUGAAGAACGGCAUGUUCCCAGUGAUGGGGCUACACGAGAUAUGUAUGAAGUGCCGCUGGAGCCUACCAACGUACUUCAUUUUACCCACCAUAAAUUCCGAGCAGGGCUUCAGGUUCUCGCUGAGCAUCAACGACCACAGGUUCAUCACAAGUCGGACCGGGCAACAGAAGAAGCUGGCCAAGGCCGAGCUCGCCAAGGCUGUGUUGCAGUGGUUUAAAAUAUUGGACAGUUAACCUCGUGCAGGUGUUUUGAGCCAGUGCCAUCUAGUCUGUGGUGGUUUUCUUCACCGCCAUCAUUCCUUGUGUGAUUUCCAACAGCUUUAUUUACAGCUUUAGCAGUGAGUUUUGUUAACAUAGACAAACUACGAUUCAUUGCGAAUUGCACAUUGAAAAAGGUACAAAGCAUAAUUUCUAUUCCAAUGUUGUUUUAAUGACGAUUCAUCAGAACUAGCUAUAUUUUUUACAUAGAGAUAGGUUUAAGUACUUGAACUAAAGACUGUUGUUACAAGGAGAAAAAAAGAGUGUAUUAAUUUUGUGAUAAACAUUAAAGUCUGCAUAAAUUUAAUGUUGUCUUGGAAUGACUUUUAAGUUAUAUGACUUAUAAGUUCUCGCAAAUUGUGUUCUGUUUUGCUCAGACUAGUUUCUUUUACGUGGUUGAACUGAACAAGGCUAGCCGCAAUGACAGUAGCACUGUUUUCCUUCAAUGUUUUGAUCUGUCCUGCUGUACAUAUUGUUUUCCAAUAUAUUAGUCAUUUUUUAACUAGAGGCAUCUUCAUAUGUGAAGAUCACACACAACAUUGGCCUUUUCCACUCGGGUAUCAUCACUUCAACAUGUUCAUGCUUUGGCUUCUCAAGAAGUUUUUGGAUAAAUUAGGCCCUAGCAAUGUGUAAAAAUGACAAAAAUGUGUAUUUUUUUAAGCACUUUGGUUUGUGUCAGAAAUAUAAGUAAAUCUUUAUGUAUCAAUUUAAUUACAACAAGCAAUACUUGUGCUAUGCCACACACAAAAAUAACAUAAAUACAUGCAAUUUUUAACAAUUAAAAUUUGGUUUUAGAAAACCUUGAUGUGUUUAUUAGUUUACACCUGAUAGAAAAUAUAAAUGUUUAAUUUUAGUGUUUUACGUGGUUAUUUAUAAUUUAUAGAUGCUUAACCAGAAUCCAUAAUCAAAAUGUUUCUCCAGAUAAGUUUAUACAAAUUUUAUUUAAUGUAUUUUUGCUAGAAUAUUGUUAUUUACAACCAAAAUCACUUAAAAAAGUAUAAGCAUAUGCAACAUGUUUCAAACACAUUCUUUGUAAUUUUUGGUUUCUGAGAAUUCCUGUGCCCUACGAGGUGUUAUUUCUUUAUUUCGCCGGCCGUGUAUAUUUUAUUCAAUUUUGUAUCUAAUUUUAAAUUUAAUAAUUCAACACCACCCACCACAAUAAGAAUGUUUAAAAAAUAGUGAUUUUGUCUUAUUCAUGAAUCUUUUAUUCCUCAAGUUGCAUGUACACUUUGUUUCGUUUAAACCUAAAAUCACUGCCUGGCAAAGAGAUUUAAAAUGAGAAAUUAUGGGCUGUUGACCUAUGCGAUAUUUUUUAUAAAUGAUCUUUCAUGUGCGCAUUGUGGCCAGGCUUUUGAUCUGUUCAAGGACCAUUAAAAGUAGAUUUACAACCAAAACCGUUUAUUUAGUUGAUCGUAAACAGAGCAACUAGAAUUGUGAUAAAAAUAUUUUUGACAGAUUUAUGCAGCUUUAUUGACAAGCAUUGAUUUAGUAUUGUUUUGAAUAUAGUUCCUUGCUAGCUACUUAAAUGUCCACCUGAGAAUUGUAGCACAUAAUUACUUUGUCAAAAAAGUAGUUUUAUUGUAAAUAUUUUAUACCUGUUGAUGUUUAUACCAUGGAAAUCUCUCUUUUUGAGAUGGUUUUGUAAAAUUAGAAUAAGUGUUAUACAUACAUUUAAACGGCUGGGUGUUUUAUCACCAGAGCUUUUAUAUAGUGCAAUGUUAAAUUUAAUGUUUAUACCGUACACGUUUUGUUGUGUUUGUUAGGAUUGCAUUUUUUAUGGCAGUAUAUUGCAGUCCAGACAUUUACUUAGGCUUUUCCUUAAACAGAAAUUAAAUUAGUUGCAGACAGCAUAUAAUCUGUUGCUCGCCAAAUUACAUUGGCACUGAAGGACCAUAGAGGAAGAUGAUUGAUGUAAAGCUUUAAGAUGUUGAGUGAUAGUUUUUGCAAAUAGUCAAAUUUUAAGUUACUUCUUCCGAAUUUUGAGACAGUAACAGCGCCCAGAUCAUAAUUUACCUAUUAUGGAUGGAUUACAUUAACGAAUUAUCAACAAUUUAAUAGUUAAACAAAAAACAUGUCAGGGAGUCAUUUAAAAAGAUGUAUUUUUAAAAACCUGUAAUUUAAUACAUAUUUAUUGACAAUAACUAAGGUCAAAAAUACCUUGUGGCGUUUAUAAACUCAAUGUCAUUAAAAUAAGUUGAGCCCAAAUUACUAACCGAGCAGUCAUUCUAGACACAGAAGGUCUUGUUCCCAAUGAUGGGAAUGAACUAGGAACAAAGUUAUGCUCGUAAUAUGCUUUUUUUACUAAAUUAUUAGCUUUCAGUUUCUAGCAUUUCAGUUAUAACAUUUUAUAAUACAAGAUUAAUAAUUUUUAUCUCUAUAACUAUGUAAAGCAUGUGUUUAUUUGUAUGUAGACCAAACAUUUAAUUUUAUUUAAAUCCAAAAGCAAUUAAUACGUAUCAGCAUGUAUACUUUGAUUAAAAAACGUAUUUAACAUACGAGCUACACAUACUAACUUUUUGUUUUGUAUACUUUGUCAUAGCAUGCAUGCGUACUAUAACAUCCAGUUAAUUUCCUACAUAUAAAAGAAAAAUGUCUGUAAAUUAAAUUAAAAACUGAAAGUUGGGAAAUAUACAACGUAUUUUUAGAAAAAUAAAUAGUUUUUCUUGAGCAUUAACUUUAUAUUCCAAGUGUUGGCUUAGUGAUUCAGAAUUUAGAAUAAUUUUUUUUUCUAUGGUCCUUCAACAUUAUUAUACUUGAAAUAUAUAUACCAAAUAUCACAAUAAUAUUAUAUUUCAUUUUAAUAUCUUGGUUCGUAUUAAUUUGGUUGUAUGAAGGUUUUAAUUAUUAUAAUCUGUUCACCUCAAAACCAUAUUUCUAUACUACUUACAACUUUAUUAUUAUGCCUUUUUUUAGUUUUAGACCGUUUUGAUUAUAUUAUACAUUUUUAUCUUAUUGCAUUAUGCUAUCUUUUAAUAAUUUUGCAAUGAAAAAUGUUAAUUUAAAUUAAUUUUCCAGAGUUUGUGUGCUUAAAUACAUUAUUUAAUUCAGUUUUAUAUACAGUACAGUUAACAAAGUAUUUUUAAAUGUCAGUAAAAAAAAUUCUUGUCUUCCUCUCAGUAUUUUACACAGCAUUUUUGUAUUUACAAUUAAUUCUCUGUUUGAAUGUUGAUUCACUUGAAUGUAUCUUUUUUACUCUUAAAAGACAAUAUGUGAUAUGAUAUGUUACUUUAUAGUAAUAAAGUUAUUUUGUGUUCUA